AUGGGGAAGGGGCUCGAUCUAGACGCCUGGAUCGCCAAGUGCGAGCCGCUGGAGGAGUCCGAGCUGGAGUCCCUCUGCGGCUACGUCAAGGAGCUGCUCGUGGAGGAGAGCAACGUGCAGCCGGUGAGCUCGCCGGUGACCGUCUGCGGCGACAUCCACGGACAGUUCCACGACCUCCUCAAGCUGCUGGAGACGGGCGGGGACGUCCCGGACACCAACUACAUAUUCAUGGGGGACUUCGUCGACCGCGGGUACAACUCCCUCGAGUCCUUCACCCUCCUCCUCCUCCUCAAAGCGCGGUGGCCCCAAUGCGUCACUUUGCUCAGAGGUAACCACGAGUCGCGGCAGAUCACGCAGGUGUACGGAUUCUACGACGAGUGCCAACGCAAGUACGGCAACGCCAACGCGUGGAGGUGGUGCACCGACGUCUUCGAUUACCUCACCUUAUCCGCGGUCAUCGACGGGCGGGUGCUUUGCGUGCACGGCGGCUUGUCGCCGGACAUUCGCACGCUCGACCAGGUUCGAACCAUCGACAGGCUGUGCGAGAUACCGCACGAGGGGCCCUUCUGCGACAUGAUGUGGAGCGACCCGGAGGACCUGGAGACGUGGGCGGUGUCCCCGCGCGGAGCCGGGUGGCUGUUCGGCAGACGCGUCACCCAAGAGUUCAACGAGAUCAACGGCCUGGAGCUCAUCUGCCGCGCGCACCAGCUCGUGCAGGAGGGUUUAAAGUACAUGUUCCCGGACAAGUCUCUCGUCACCGUCUGGUCCGCGCCGAACUACUGCUACAGGUGCGGGAACGUGGCGAGCAUACUGGCGUUCGACGAUAAGAUGGAGCGAACGGUGAAGUACUUCACGGAGACGCCGGAGAACUCGACGAUGAUGGCGCCCAGGAGCUCGGUGCCUUACUUCCUGUGAGCGAGCGGCGGAGGCGGAGGCGGAGCAUCUCGGUUUUGAGGAGCUCUGGUUCUCUCGCGGCGGGGCGGGUGGGGAGAGACCCGGGUUGGGACGGGAUUGGCGCGUAAUAAAUACUAAAGCCUCAGCCGGGAAGGCGCGUAUCCGCGGUGGCGGGAGACGCGGCGGGCGGCUGAGAUUGUAACAGUACAUCACGAGGAUUCGUUC